CCUCACGCUAUGGGCCAUGGAGGUUGGCCCUCCCCGAUCCUGGAGCGAUCUACUCCAUAUUUACGGCUUCUUCCCGGCGGAUCUCCCAAGCUUUUCUGAUAACUGUUUCUCUCUUUUCCGUUCUUUGCGAUCUAUGCUUUUGGCCGUCCGAUGCGAGUGAGUUGAAUGCCCAGCCAGCCGGUCUGGCCACAGCGCAGCGGAUCGAGUAAAUAAGCUUACGGCGCAGGAUACUUAAGUGACGUUGUAUCUUCUACCUACUUGCCAAUCACGGCCUUCACGAGAACAUAUACAGAACCGGCACCAUGGUUUACUUUCCACGGAAUUGGCGCAAGCAUAAUUUAUUCUAUAUCUUGAUGGCGCUUGAGUUUCCCAUUACAAUUGUCAUUCUGACAUUCACUGGGAUUGCAUCCCACGAUCUAUACCGGACCAAGUUAUGGCAAGACGGGGCAGACAAUGGCUUCAACAGUUCGCCGGAUGAGGUUCUCUAUGCUGCAGCCAACUAUAGGCCCUAUAAAGUUCCUAUGGUCUGGGGUUCAUUUAUAACGGAUUACAACCUAGUCCUGGGCGUUUUGAGCACCUUCAUAUUGAUAACAAAACUGCCUGUCCAUAUUCUGCGGGUAUUCUACCCACCUGUGUCGGUGUUCGUCCAUGUUGGCUUGUUCGUGGUGUAUAUCGUGUCGGCUGCAUACCAAGCUGGCUCUGAUACGUCGGAUCCCAAGCACCCACAGCGAGGCCUGCCGUGGUACAUUACGAAGUCAUGCAGCGUGGCUUCGAAUAAAAAUAACGUCGGCUAUUGCCAACAAGCCAAGGCACUCUUCGCCUUUAGUAUCAUUAUCAUUGUUCUCUACUUUGUCGAAAUUGUUGUGAGCAUCCACUCCUGCUUCUUGACAGAGGAGGAGAAAGCAGAGCGCGAGGAACGCCGUGAGGAAAAGAGAACCAUGAAGGAAUACGAAGACAUGGUCCUCAAGACACCCCGGGGGUUUCCCAUGUCCCCAGCGUUGCCUACAGGGGGUACGCAGGGCAAGCCUACAAUGUCCUCAUGCAGCCCUGCCUUCAGUACAUUUGGAAAUGGAUCCUCAGAUCUUCCGCUCCGGGACCAUUUUAGCACCCCGAACACUCGUCAACCAACACAGCAAGAGUCGUCAGAGACUUUGGCACCGGGGAACCAACCCCAAAUGUACUUCCCGCCGCCUCCUAAGAAGGCGGCUAAGGUGUGAAUGUACGCAGAAUUCUAAGAAUGGUCUUCGAAACCUAAUAUCCACAUGGCUGUAUGGGAACCUAAAUACGAAGGUAUCUUACAUGUCGACUUCUCUCCACGUUUAGCGAUGGAUUUGCUUGAACCGGGUGUUUUGGCUUCCUCAUCGAGACACUUGCAAGAGGGACUUGAGGAAACUCACGGUUUUAUAUUUUGGGAUUUAUUUCUUUUCUUUUCUUCUUUUUUCACCUGUUAUUUGUUCAAUAUACCAUUAUCACGACACGAGAAACCGCAAUG